GCUGCGGGUCCUUGAGCUUCUGCAGACUUUGGAAGAGGGAAUCCUUAGCUGAAAAAUUCAAGAACCAGGGGGUCCCAGAGAGGGAAGAAAAACAAACCACCCAACAUACUUCUGUGCCUUGCAUACUGACCCAGCCCACAGAACGAUUGGAAGAAUCUUUGCCGACCCACCAGAGAUCCCUGGAUUCCACUUGGAGAACCAUCGAUCUAAAAAACGACAUCUUGAUUUCAGAACCCUUCUUUUGAUCUGGAAUUAUCUAUUAUUGACCACAGAAAGCUGCUACUGACGAUUACCGGAACAGUGCCCUGUACAGCGAGAGGCCUCCCGGAAUGGAUGUCAUCCGCCUCCUCCUGGCUACCCUGCUGGUCUGCCUGUGCUCCCUCACUGCCUACAGCCACCUGGCACCUGAGGAAAAGCCCAGAGAUGAAAGGAGCCUGAGGAGCAACUCUUCCAUGAACCUGUUGGAUUUCCCUUCUGUCUCUAUUGUGGCACAGAACAAGAAAUCCAAAAAGAUCAGCAGAAAAGAAGCGGAAAAAAAGAAAAGAUCUUCCAAGAAAAAGGCUUCGAUGAAGAAGGUGGCACGGCCCCGGCCCCCGCCGCCUGGCCCCUGCGUGGCCACCCGCGACAGCUGCAAGCCGCCGGCGCCCGCCUGCUGCGACCCGUGCGCCUUCUGCCAGUGCCGCUUCUUCCGCAGCGCCUGUUCCUGCCGCGUGCUCAACCCCACCUGCUGAGCGCGCCUCU